AGUUUCAACUGGCUCAGUAAUUUCUGUUUCUGAGCCAAUUACAUCUCUUCUAGUUUCACGUACAUGGGAUCAGGUGGUUGUGCUGGCGUCAUCUGAUACAUCAUUGCAUCUAAGGGCCCGUGCAAUGGCACUUAUUGUUGAUUAUAUUCCAUUGGCUGAGCGACACCAGUUACAAUCUUUUCUUGCAGCAGCUGAUAAUGUUCUUUAUGGUUUGGGAAAACUUGGGCAUCCGACAUGUGAAGGUCCAUUAGUUCAACUUUCUUUAGCACUCAUUGCUGCCGCUUGCCUGUAUUCUCCAGCUGAAGACAUUUCUCUGAUUCCUCAAGAUGUUUGGAGAAACAUUGAGGCUUUAGGAAUGUCGAGAACUGGUGGACUUGGGGAUCUAGAGAAAAAGGCUUGCCAAGCCUUGUGUAGGCUAAGAAACGAAGGAGAUGAUGCUAAAGAGGUCCUAAAAGAGGUGCUCUCUUCAACUUCUUCAAGACAACCAGACCCUAAUUUUGGAAGUACUCGUCAAUCGAUUCUUCAGGUACUUGCCAAUCUAGCUUCAGUUCAGUCGUACUUCGAUAUAUUCUCAAAGAAAAUUGACCAAGAGAUUAUGGAAUUGGAGGAGGCUGAAAUAGAAAUGGACAUUCUUCAGAAGGAACAUGCACUACAGGAGUCACCUAAAGAUUCCAAGGAGCAUCAGCUUCCUUGUCUAGACACUUCUACGAAGGAUGGUAACCGUCUCCAACAAAUAAAGGAUUGCAUCCGUUCCUUUGAGAAGUCCAAACUCAGAGAAGAAAUAGUAGCCCGCAGGCAAAAGAAACUUCUUGUGAGACAUGCUCGUCAAAAAUACUUAGAAGAGGCAGCUUUAAGAGAAGCAGAACUUCUGCAAGAACUUGAUAGAGAGAGGACUACUGAAGCAGAAAGGGAGAUUGAGAGACAGCGGUUGCUGGAAGCUGAGCGUGCAAAAACCAGAGACCUGCGCCACAAUCUUGAUAUGGAGAAGGAAAAGCAAACACAGAGAGAACUUCAGCGGGAACUAGAGCAAGCAGAAUUGGGAGUCCGGCCAUCACGACGUGAAUUUUCUUCCUCAGCUCAUAGUGGUCGGCCAAGAGAAAGGUAUCGGGAGAGGGAAAAUGGAAGAUUAGGUAAUGAAGGAAGCUUAAGAUCAAAUACUGGCAACUUGCAGUCUGAAAUUUCUGCCACUGGUUCAUCCAUGGGAGCCAUGCCAACCGUUGUUUUGUCUGGAUCUCGCCCAUUUUCAGGCCAGCCACCAACUAUCCUACAACCCCGUGACCGUCCAGAUGAAGGUGGAAGCAGCUACGAAGAAAACUUCGAUGGAAGCAAGGACUCUGGUGACACUGGCAGCAUUGGAGACCCAGAGCUGGUGUCAGCAUUUGACAGUCUGUCUGGUGGGUUUGGGUCCAGCCAAAGGCCUAGAGGGAGCAAGUCUAGGCAGAUAAUGGAGCGUAAAGAACGGGAAAGUAGACGCGAAGGGAAGUGGGAGAGGAAGCAUUCAUGACCAAUGGUGCCGUAGAAAUGAGGUACCAAGGUAGCAAGGUUAGGAGAAAGUCUGUACAUAUGUUGAAGAUAUGCAAUGUUGGAGGUAGCCGAAAGAAGACGAGGGAUGUGGGCUCAAGGAUAGGGGGUUUUCAGUGAAAUGAAGAUGGAUGUGAAAAAAAUGGCGUGGUUAUCCUCUUGAUACAAGUGUUUUUCUUCUUGUCUAGAAGUGUUUUGUUGUUGUAGUUUCCACACCAAGUGAAAAUGAACAUGGAUGGGAAUAUUUUCAAAUCUUUAGAGCGGUGGCUAAUAACAAACUUUAAUUUAGGUGAAGGAAAACAUUUUGGCUA